AGCAGAUUGUCUUUUAUUUAAUCCGUUUGAAAAUGUAAUCAAAGUACAUUAGAAGAUACGAGAAGAACAUAGACUGUUUACUGUAUGGUAUAUGGAUUUAAAUAUCUAAAAUUGUGUUUAUCUUGAUUACAUUCCACGUAUAAAGUUUUGAUAAAACAGACAUCAAUUUGAUGUGAGGUGGGCAAUGCACUGUUCAAACUGCUAGAGUCCUUUAAAGGGUUAUCAAACUUCUCGCGAUAAGUGAUUUCUCGGAAUGAACGUCCGACGGCCGCCAGAGAUAAAGUUGCCUAAUAAUUGCAGACGUGUUCUCCUUUAUAAGUCUUAGUACAAAAUGGCUCACUCAGAGCAGCAUGUACAAUCUAUAUCAGCCUCUGUCACUGCUCUGUCAGACAGGGGAUUUGUGCAUCAGACUUAUUCCGCUUCUCUGGGCGAUAUAAAUGUUGCUGCCAGCACCAGUACUGCUAUAUCUGUUCCUAAGGGCGCAGGCACCAGAAGUGUUGCUGCGGCUGCUAGCGGUGACAAUUUGGUGGCGUUAGAAACAACAUCAACCGUGCAAGCGACAGGAAGAUCAGUAAAAGUAAGCAAGGAUCCCCGUGCCAGGCUAAUGUUUUAUCUUAACUGCAUAUCGAUCGUAUUUGAUGAUUUUUACACAAUGUGCAAGGAAAUCUUAAAAGAAAACACGCUAUCCAACAUUGAAUGUCUGCUCAAGUACCAUGAUUUCGGUGCUUUAACUGUAAAACAAUGUGAUAAAGUGCUGAUUCUUUGCGAUAUUCUGCGACCAGAUUUGUUUAACAAUAAGUGCAUGUUUGGAGAUGCAAAAAUGUGUGGAAAUCUCACAAACGAAUUUUAUAAAGUAGAGGAGGUUGAAAAAUCAGUGGCCAUUCAGAACGAGAUAAUCGUAAAGGGAGAGAAACGUCACGUGAAGAAGAUAAUGUAUUACGAUACAUCGUAUUUAGAAGAAAAUUAUUUCGAGCCUAUGAGACUUCUGGAACAUCGCUUGAGAGUCAUCAGAAAAGGGAAACAUUUGGAUUACGAAACUUUCACUGAAAACUACAAGGUCCAUCUCCUGUUGACUCUUAUAUUUCCGUUUUGGGUCGUGGUUUGGGUCGCCAUGUGUUUUCACGAGGGCGAUCAAAGCAACAUGAAUGAAGAGCAAACAGAACCAUAAAAAAUCACAAACCAAACAGCUGACCGGGGGGGGGGGAUACUUAAUGUUUGGACAGCCAAAAGCACUUCUUUAUAUUGACAUUUUGAUAGACUUUAUGAACACCGUUUCAAUGCUGAUGCUAGCAACGAAUCUCCUAUUCACAUUUCAUAGACUGUUCAUCAUUGUGAAAAUGAUCAGAGCUUAAUCCAAUCAGAGUGUUUGAAUGCAUUUUUACGUGUUAGCAAUAAAGUAAUAUUCUAUCAA